GUGCGGUUUGGCCGAGAGAGUGAAGUUGAACUCUGGACACAGAUACACGGGGAGGGCAGAGGCGUGAGGUUUCGUUUCUUAUCAUAUCUCAGUUCAACUUGCACCUACAGUUAUUGUUUCACGUCUAUGUCGUUCUGGGAUUCAAGCCGUUUUGAAGAAUAACACGCAUUCACUCUCGUCUUGUUUCCCUCUCGUUAGCCAGUCGCUUAAACGUCACCAAACGGACUUUUAAAGUUGAUUAUCAGGCCUGAUAUCGAGGAGCUGGUGGUAAUUUAAGGGCGUUGGGCGUUUUGUCGUGGUUUCAAAGAUUUCUGUGCGGAUUUGUUUUUCUAAGUUUUGUGCGUGGAAGUGAGACGUUCGGGCCCGCAGUCUCCUGUGUUCGGAGAGCAGAUACAGUUCCCUGGUUGUCUGGAGAGCUCUGCGUACGGAGCUAGAACCUGGACAGCUCAUGACUUCAGACCAAGAAGGAAAAACUAUCGUGGAGCCACAGGUGCAGCAGACACAGGACGUAAAGGAGAAAGAGAUUCCUCUUUUGGAUUCCUCAAAGAUCUCAGACCUCAAUCCCAAUGCAAAGGCAUGGGCCAAUUACAUACCUAAACUGGAGGCCUCUGCUCCAACCUGCACAGAUUCUCAACAGUCAUGGGUAGAAACGGACGAUGACCCAUCAAACACCGUCUCGGGAGGUUACAACAGCAGUGAAAACAAAGGAAACUGGAAUGAGGAACAGCAGGUAUCUACCUCUGUAGAACUGCCAUUUGCAGCACAGCCAGAAUCAGUAUACAUGGGAAGCUCAGCCAGUGAGAAGGGCAUUGUGUCAAACCAGAACACCAGUAUGAAAGGAGUGGAUGACUCCAACUCCUCCAGCCAGCUAGAAGACCUUCGAGAACAGCUAAAGGCGACACUGGAGUUCUGCCUCUCUAGGGAGAAUCUAACUAACGACAUGUACCUCAUCUCGCAAAUGGACAGUGAUCAGUAUGUGCCAAUAGUGACUUUGGCAAACCUCGAUCAAGUCAAGAAACUCAGCACUGAUGUGGAUCUCAUUGCAGACAUACUAAAAACGCUGCCUCUUGUCCAAGUGGACAAAUGUGGAGAGAAAGUACGGCCCAAUCAGAACCGCUGUAUAGUGAUCCUCAGAGAGGUUCCUGAGGCCACUCCUCUGGAGGAAGUUGAAGCGCUCUUUAAGAGUGAUAACUUGCCUAAAUUCAUCAAUUGUGAGUUUGCCUACAACGACAACUGGUUCAUCACCUUUGAAUCGGAGGCUGAUGCUCAGCUGGCAUAUCAGUAUCUACGAGAAGAGGUGAAAACUUUUCAAGGAAAGCCGAUAAAGGCUAGAAUAAAGGCCAAGGCCAUUGCCGUCAAUACCUUUGUGCCAAAGAAUGGUUAUCGGGCAGUGGACGUGUCCUCAAAUGUCCAACAGCGCUACACCCCUUACUACAUCCCACCUGUGUAUGGAGCACAGCAACAGUUCCCACUCUAUCGACUAGUGACACCUCAAGGCUGGUCUGCUACCCAGAGCUACCUGGACCCCACACUGGUUACUCAAUUUCCCAGCCCUGCGUUCAUUAAUGGUUUUGCUGGUUCUCCGACAUUUAAAUCAGCCACUUCUCCUUUAACUGUCAGACAAUAUGCACCUCGAAACAGGAGCCACAACAAAACUCACAUUCGACUCAUGGCAGAUCGUGGAAGCAGUCUGCUGGAGAACCCUGCUGCUUUCUCUACCUUCCCUUCAGAUAGAGUCCCCAACGGGACACGCCCUCCACAAUCUCAUCACUUUGCUAUCCGACCUCGAUUACCAAGCGGUCCAGCCUUUCCUCGCCGGGACCAGUUGGGAAGUGGACGAAUGGAGGUGAACGGAGGAGAUUACUCACUGAACACGGGGCGUGGAAGGAGAGGUGGCUAUGGUUACAGAAAAAGGAGGGAUGACAACAAGUUUCCAAGAGCUGCUGCACAGUCGCCCCCUCCUGCUCAGGAGCGCACUCCAUCUCCCAGCUUUGAGCUUGGACUAUCUAGCUUUCCUCCUCUGCCUGGAGCUGCAGGAAAUCUAAAGCCUGAAGUUAAAACUGAAAACAGCCUUGACAACCGACUGUCUGAUGUCGUCACUGGAGCAGUUAAAGAUAAGCCUCUAAAUAAGGAUGUGGUCACCAGCCGUGUGAUCUCAGGAACCCCCAAAGAAUCUGUGCAGGCUGUUCCUGCCCCUGCUCAGAUCCUGGUGGACCAGCAAAACUCGCCCUCUCCAGCCCUUUCAAACCUGAUACCUGUAGAAAAACCUAAAGAGACGCAAACACAUCUAGAGAAAUUCUCAGUUACACACGCUGCUAAAACCGCACCACUGAGCAAUCCAGUGACGGAGCCCAGGAAGCCAAGUUACGCAGAGAUCUGUCAAAGGAUACGAGAGGCACCAACACAGCAGCCGUCAGCAGAUCCUAGAACUCCCAGCUCCACCGCUGAAGACAUCAAGCCUCCUGACUCCGCAGAACGCAGAUGCAGGGAGUCGGCACCUGCCAAAUCUGUGGCGACUUGUCCCCGAGAGACAAUAACAGCUCAUCAGAACGCUGGAGAUCGAGCAAGCGGAGGAACGACCGCUUCCUUCCACCAAUCCUGAGAGCUCUGCUCUGCUUCCUGGACUGAACGGAAUGAAAACUCUUUGUCGGGGCUGCUCAAAAGUCCCUCUUCUCUCAGUCUCUCUAUGAGUGCACACAUUGACAAGUUGUCACUGGAAUCAGGGCCUACAGACAAAAGCACUUGUGCGUUAAGGGUUCUCUGAGCAUUUUUGUUGUCGUUUUGGUUUGCUUAACAAGGACUUGGUUUGUUUUCCAAGGAAAAUGGGAGUGAACCAGCACCAGUUUGAGAUUAUCUAACUAUAUUUAAAAACGUUUUGUCAGAGCUCAUGCUUUUUUGUUCAAACUGUUGUUUAAACUUCAAAUAGUGCUGUUGGGAAGAAAUGCAGAUUUUUGGAUCGUGCUGAUCUCGAAAUGCUUACAUUUUUGUUUGUUUUUUUUAAUUGGUAUGUAUAUCAUUUUUGCUAACCUUUUGUCUUGGUACCAACUUUAUUGGGCGUGAUUCUGUACAUGUGUGUCUACAGCGCACUCAGCGGUCCCGGCCGUUACAACUGCAUGAGUGAGACUUUUGUGUAAAUCUGUUUUGUGUUCCAUUUUUAUGUUUGGAUGUUUCAGCACUGGAGUGAUGUUUUGAGCUCUGAAUUUUCUUUUUUUUUUUUUUUAUUACACAUGCUAAUCCUCUAUCAAUUGUACUAAUGUGAUUAUUGUAGCAGGUGUAUGUAUACCUGUUCUUGUGUGCAUGAUUUAUUUUAUGUUUUGGCUUUUUUCUUUUUAACAUUUUAAUGGCACACGUUAGUUUGCUGUAUAUUUUCUCCUUUUUUUUCCUACUUGCCAUUUGUUUGGGAAGAAUCUGGUAUGAUUAAUCAUUAAAGGGAUAGGUCACGCAAUAAUUCAAAUUCUGGCAACAUUUGCUUACCCUCGUAUUGUUCCAAACCCAUAUGACUGAAAGGAGAUGAUAGGUUGAAUGUUCAAUCUUAGUCCCUGUUCACGUUCACUGUAUGGAAAUGGUGCAAUGGUGACUGAGGCUGUCUGUAACAUUCUGAAUAGCAUCUCAUUUUGUGUUCCAAGGAAGGAAGUCAUGGUUUGGAACAAAAUGAGGGUGAGAAAAUUAGAGUUUUCAUUUUUGGGUGAAUUAUCCCUUUAAAUUCUGUAAGAUCUUCACACUGCAAAGUCCUCAGGUUGUGAGGGGAAGUGUGUUCAUGUGCCUAGUCUGCUGUGAUCUAAAGAUAGAUGGCUUAUUAUUGUUUGUUAUCCUGCUGUUGUGCUAGGUUUGGUCACAUGGUUAAUUUGGUGCUUUUAUCUAUAUUAAUGGAGGGAAAGACAUUGACAUGCACCAACAUAUAUCCUAUGAUCUUCACCGAUUUGCUUUCAUAUCACCACAGUUACAAGAGUGGGAUCGUGUAAAUUUAUAUAGUGGCGCAUACAUGAAGAACGAAAAGAUCUGAGCCUUCAGCACAUAUGGACCAGCGCUGUUUUUCUGGGGUUUCUCCUUUAUGCAGACUUUGUAUUUUGUGUACAUCUCACACACUUGACCUGCCCCUCGUUCAUGCAUAUUCUGUUCAUUGGUCAUUAGUUCAUUUGCCCAUCAGUUUGAAAUCGUGUUGGGUGGAGUGAGACAGUCAGUUUCUUGUUUUGAUGUCUUCCUGCAGCGUGGAGCAUGCGCAGAAUGCUUUGAGAUGUUCGUCAUGCCAUUUGUCUGUUGUUUAUAUUCUCUUGCAUCUUCCCUGUGAGUAAUUUGUUCCUCGUUAAUCAAAAAAAAAAAAAAUCUGUUAAUUUUUGGACUCUGAGAAUGCAACUAUUUGUUUUUCCAUCAAUAAACAAAAGCAUACCAUGUUUCAAAAUAAUUAAGGUUUCAUUACAUAAAUCUCGGAAGCUGUUCAAAAAACCAAACCAACAAAAAGGAUCCAUCACAUAUAAAUUAAUGUUUCAAGACUUGAAUUUAUUUAAACUUGAAAAAAUGUCUCUGCCUUAACUUUUUUGAUGACAGUUUGGAGUUUGUUUUUUUUUUUUCAUUCAAUUCCUAAAGUGAUGAAAAGAUGAUGUGGGAGAGGCGUCACAAAGACUCAAGUCACUACAUUUGUGUAGCACAAUACUUCUGGGAUUGAGGUGGAAUUUUCAUUUUGUUCUCCUCUGUGUAAAUGCUUCUAGUCUGAGCUGUAGUACAUGUAUACAAUCGGAUGUGUGUGCUUUCUCUGUACAUGUGUAAAUAAUUGGAAACCGUUAAAAAGGUACUCUAAAAUUGGUUGAGAAAAUGUAUGGGGGAAAAAAAUAAAUGUUAAUGAGAAACCUGAUGUCAAUUAAGUAGGGCUGUUUUUUUUUUUGGGGGGGUUUUUUUUGUCAUGUUUCCAUCUCAUAACUUUGCCAUAAAUCCUGUGGUCUUAAAUUGAUCCACAAGGUGGCAUAAUAUAAGCAUACAUUCUCCAUAGUGCUCAACUUUGUUUGAUAUAAAAGCAAAUAGUAUAUUCUAUAAUAGUAUAUAAGAGUGCUUUCCAAAUUUUUCUUGUCAUAUUUUUUUUUUGUGUGUAAUUUUGUUUUGUAUACCUCAGUAACCUCUAUCUGAAAAUAAUCAUCAGCAAGGCUAAUCUAUAUAGGUCCAAAAGUCAAAUGCUUCUACUUUGUAUUUUGCUAACUCAAUACAAGAAUUUGAAUUACAAAAUGUAUUGUCAGCAGAAUUUCAGUGAAAAUUUCAAUUGAAAAAUUAACAUGAAUGUCUUACAAUAGAUAUUUCUCUCUUACAGCAUGCACUCAAGUUGGCAUGGACUCCACAAGCAUCUUGUGUGAAUCAAUGGAAGCAAGUAAAUCUGACCUUUGCAAAGAUGUUUGCUUACAUUUGAUUAGUAAGAUAUAUUUCAUUAUAUUAUAUUUAAAUAAUAAUUAAUAAAAAUCCAGGGUCUCAGACAUUUGGAACCCACUCUCUAUUAUAUUGUUGAUGACACUUACUGGUGUAUUUCAGUGUCAGCUCAAUCUCCAAGAAGCCUCUUAAAAUGCCCUGAAAUUAAAGGCAUACUGUUUGCGUGUUGUUUAUAUUUUCUUGUAUUUUCCCUGUGAGUGAUUUGUUCCUCAGUAAAUAAUAAUAA